AGAAGGAUAAAGAAGUAAUCGCGCGCGAUCGGUCGCGGUGCUCAGUUGGUGGUAGCUCGGGACGAACGGGCGCGUCCACAAAGUGUGGGGUAAGGAUGGAGGCUGCGUUAAUUGCAACGACCGAGUGAUACGCACCGUGUGUAUACACGGGGAUCGUGUCCUGGAUUCGUAGCCCGCAUAUCCCAUCGCGCGUGCCUCCCACCUUCUCCCCCCUGUGUCUGUGCCCGUACUUUUGUGUGCGUGCGUGUCCCUCUAAUAGAGUGGUCAAUUAGUAUCUUGUAUAAGGGAUAAAACGAGAAAAAAAAAUUAGUGAACAAAAAAUUAAUAGAACAAAGAAAAGCACAACGAACGAGAAUAUGUCAUCCACAUAGUCGAGGCAAACGAAGAGAGGAGCAAGUCAAAUACGGUGCAGUGGUUACCCUGAGUCGUUGGAAGUACUCAAGUAGGACGAUUUAUCGUCAAGUUCGUGGUCAUCUUGGGUGCUCUCAAUCGUUCAACAUUUUUUCUGGAACUUCAUAUUGGCUUUAUGUACCCUUUUUCACUUGCUUCGUGCACGCACAUAUUAUUGCAUGCACUUAUAUACAUUCGUUUCUUACUACCGAUAUAUCUACAUGAUUAUAGCGUUAAUAUUGUUUUAUUGAAUAUCGCAAUGUGGCGUAUAUCCGAUUUGUUUAUGUUUUCCAUAUAUGCACUUAUAUAAGCAUUACGUAUUUAUAAUAAAAAUAAUUAACAAGGAGAAUGAUUAAAAAGGAAGAUAAAGAAUCGAAUAAGAUGAAAAAGGAAAGAGGUUUAAAAAAGACAAAAAAAAGGGAAAUAUCUGAGUAGGAUAAAAGAAGGGAUAACUAGAACGUGUCACGAUAAGAAACAAUGAGAAAGAAGAGGGUUUUUCGAUUUGUUACAUUUGUGUCGGAACUACUUGACCCAUUGACAGGUCAAAACGGAAAGGUUCAAUGCAGAAGUCUACUCGUUCACUUUAAAAAUUUUGACAAUUGAAAGACAAAAAAAACAGGAAGACGAUGCAAAGGAAUCUAAGCUCGUAACAGAAAGAACGCCUGGCCCGAAGGCGUUAAACCGGGAAGAGUAUAAUCAGGGUGCGAAGCGAUGUACGCAGCUGCGGGUGGCGCCAGUAUAGCGAAUAGGAGGAAGCAGAAACGAUUGCAGUUAAACAGACGCGUCGCUGAGAGUACAAUUCCAUCACGGUUGAAGACAAUUCCAGCUUCUCAGCACCACUACCACCAUCAACACCAUCACCCCAGCAAGUUUGCUCGUCCGCACGUUGUUCCACCAUCUUCCACACCACAGCCACAACCACCGUCAUCUACAUUUCAUCCGAGCAUCGAUCGACGGCGUCAUGUCGAGAAGUGUCAGCAAGUUGCACCUGUUUCUCCAAUCCAGUUUCCAAUAUCGCCACCACCACUAUCCCUUGAAUCACCUAGUUCAGUUACUUGUGCCACUAAAUCUAAUUUUCCUUUUCCACCAACAUCGAUCCUCGAUCUCCGAGUUUCACCAUCUUCUUCAGAGCUACAGUGUGGUGGAGGACCUGGCAAAGCAGCAUGGCAAGGUUGCAGCAGACCUUCUCCCCUUCCUUUAUCUCCUAUGUCGCCUCACGCAUGUCGUGGGGAUGGCUACAAGACAAAGCAAUGCGAGGCUCAUCGACGAUGGAUGAAGAGAAACAGAAUAAGAGAUGCAAGCUAUUGCUAUGGAAGCAGUGGAGAAGAUGACGAAGAAGAUGGAAGCAGUAAUGCAAACCGUCGUAGAGGUGAAGUUAGCGCGGCAGUGAAUACUGUACUUUAUGCGGGGCUAGGAACUACAGCGCUCGGAUUAGUUAUAUCGUUUGUCGGCACUGGAGAGAAAGGAUUCCUCAGUCCAGAAUUGAGGCUGGUGGGUCCUUCACUACUGUGCGCCGGUUUACUGUGUUGUCUAUUUCGGGUGCUGCUCUGCCUCUGUUUAUGUCGUUGCGGUCAAUGCCGCUGGCGAUUUUGUCAUGUUGCUUCUGAUAAAAAAGAAAAAGUGAGGAAAACGGAAGCUCGACCUGCUGGAACAUUACCUACCGCCUCACUUUUAUCACCAACUCGUCAACGACAGCAACAACAACAAUCGGCCAUGUCUUCAAGUGGCGCUGCAUCAUCAUCAACAAAAGCACAUGAGCUCUUGCUCUCUCCUGCCCAAUUACCAGAGUGAAAACGUGUUUCGAACAUUUUCUACGAGAAUCUAUACGCCGAUUAACUGCCGGUUCUUGUCCAAUAUAGAAUAUUUUAUUUCCAUUUGACCUGAACCGUUUUCGCAAACAAAAAGAAGAAAACCAUCACAGCCUAAUUCUAGUUUAAAUGCGAAUUCUAGCGCUUAAAAGUAAUAGUUAAAGAAACAAUCGGCUAUGUUUUUCUACCCCUACUAUGUUUGAAAAAGUAUAAAAAAAAAAUAAUUAUCAAUGAG